AUGAAGUCUCGACCACCGGCGAGUGUUAGUAUACAAUUAAUGGAUGAUGUGUCCGUUCCCAUGGACAAUAAUUCUUUUCUUAGCCAGGAUAUUUUGAAGGAGAAAAAUGGGCUUAUGGUAUUGACAAAGGUGCGAUUAUCUAGUGCGGACUUGGCAAAAAAGGCAAACACAAAGAAUGCUAAAGUAUACGUGAGCAAUGUAAAGGAGGGAUGUGUGAAGGAUGAGCAACAAGAGCAUGCAAAGGCUCGUGUUAUAGUUGGGCAAAUUUCAUGCAUGGACGAGUUUGAUUUUGAGAAACGAUAG